AUGUGUCAGUUUUACAGUGAAUGACGCUCGGGUGUGUGGAGUGACAGCCAGUCGGGGCUGGUGUGCUCAUCCCGCAGCAUGGACAGCGAUGAGGACAAUUUAGAGGAGCUGGUGGAAGCUUCUCGUGUCAGUUCUCCGUAAAUCUCCACGAGUCAGUCGCACUGCAGGCCCGCGCCAGGGACUUUAUUUCAGUAGUGAACCCGCUUGACAGGCGGCAGAGUGCGGCCCGGGUCAUGUGUGUGUCCCGCUGCCUGCAUGAGAGGUCCAUUGGAUGACGAUGAUCAGCCCCAUGGUUUCUGCACUCUGACCUACUCAUCCAGUGAUCGUUUUGAGGGCCACUUCACCCAUGGAGAGAAGAAUGGAAUGGGCAAGUUCUUCUUCUUUGAUGGAAGUACCCUGGAGGGUUUCUAUGUAGAUGAUGCUCUCCAGGGCCACGGGGUGUACACGUAUGAAGAUGGCGGUGUUCUCAAUGGAACGUAUGUGGAUGGCGAGCUCAAUGGGCUUGCUCAGGAGUUUGAUGGAGAGGGAUGUCUGGUCUUCAAGGGCCAGUAUAAAGACAACAACCGCUGUGGGGAGUGCUGGGUCUACUACCCUGAUGGGGGCUGUGUGGUUGGGAAGGUGAAUGAGGAGGGGGAGAUGACCGGUGAAUCUGUAGCGUACAUCUACCCAGAUGGACACACAGCUCUCUUUGGAAGCUUUGUGGACGGCGAGCUCAUUGAGGCUCGCCUUGCCAGUCUGAUCUCCAGUGAGAGUGGAAAGCCAUGCUUUGAAGUCCCACCAAACAGUCCUGUGUACUCGUAUGACAGGUCCACAUCCACCUGUAUUGCCACUCACACUCUGCUUCCUGACCCAUAUGAAAGCAAAAGGGUGUUUGUGGCAGACUCAAUGAUUAAAGGAGCAGGACAGGGCUUGUUUGCCAAGAAAGAUGCCAAAACGGACACUGUGAUGGCUUUUUAUAACGGAGUACGCAUUACACACUCUGAGGUCGACAGCAGAGACUGGGCCCUGAAUGGAAACACCAUCUCACUGGACGAGGACACUGUGAUCGAUGUUCCUCAGCCACUUGACCAGACGGAGAGAUACUGUGCCUCUCUGGGUCACAAGGCAAACCACUCCUUCACCCCUAACUGCAAAUAUGACCCGUUUGUCCAUCCCCGUUUUGGGCCAAUCAAGUGCAUCCGAACAUUGAGGGCUGUGCAGAAAGACGAGGAGUUAACUGUUGCUUAUGGCUAUGAUCAUGGGCUGACUGGGACGAAUGGUCCAGAGGCUCCUGAUUGGUACAAGCAGCAAUUGGAAGUGUUUCAGCAGAGACAGGUUGCUGCCACUGGCCAAUGAGAAUGCAGACGAAUACCUCUGGAAAAUGGUGUGUGUGCUAAAACCUUACAAGACUCCUGGAGAUUUAUGGCACUUGAUAUCCUGUGCAGCUGCAACCCACUCUGUAGAUAUUUGACGAGAUACUAUGCUUUUGUAAGUUGUAUUUAUGUGGAAUACUGCUUUAGCAAUUCGGUAUGAUCGGAGGCCUUGGAGGUCCAGAGCGACACACGAACUAUGCAAAAAAAAAUUGUAAUAUGACAUAUUACAUUCAGUAGCUGGAUGUGCUGAUAUGCCCUUUUUUUACUGUCCUCUUCAUCACAUAUUACACAUAUAGGAAUGAUUUACCUGCUAAUGAUUGGUGAUUGUAAAUUCAGGGUAUGACAAAUUAAUUUCUUUCAGUUUUCCCUAUCUUCACAUAACUCUGUCAUAAACACUGUUUAUAUGAUGUAGUAUUUAUAAACUAUAUUUAUGCUUACACAUUUGAAUUUAUUCAGCUGGCCCCAUGCAGACAAAACUGUGCAAAAGUUUUAGACACUUUAGGUGUAAAUUCUUCUCUGCCAUCAGUCCCAUCAGGAGGUGUUUGGUUUGUCAGAUUCCUUGUACAGCAUCACAACAAGCCCAAACACAGUCAUACAGAACCAUGUUCAGAGACAAAAAAAGAUAAGGAGUCCUGCAGCAGAUGGUCCGGUCUGGUCCCCGCAGAUGUUGGUGUAAAGAUAAAAGGUGGUCACACCAAAUGUUGAUUUGAUUCAGGUUUUUCUUUUUACUGCACACACAUGAAGUUAAAUGAUAAAUUCGAUGGAUGGCUUUAUUUAUGUAGGUAAAUACUUUGCUGUAUUUUUUUUUUAAAGUGCCUAAAACAUUUGCACAGUGCUGUACAUUUAAAAACUAUCACUUUGAAGGCAUAUACACUUAGGCUUACACAAUGCUUAUGUUAUAUACAGUAUAUAUUAAGGUAACUAUUUAUAAUAUCUGAAAUUGGUUAUGUAUUAUGUGGCAGUAGUACAUUAUAUACUGUAUGUUAGCCUCUUCCACUUUUCUAACCCAAUUGUCUGUUAAGACGCUUCAAAAUAAAGUCCAAGAUAAAGAAAGUC